GAUUGUCGCGAAAAACUCGCACGAGCUCGGCGCCGCAUGGUAUCAAGCAUAAAUUCUUAUUCAGCACCCUCGGAUAACUAUCCAAUUUCUCCCCAAUUUCUUAAUGUCUCGUGGUACCAGUAUUUUAUCCCGUGUGUCGUUAGGCCUAAUUUCGCCGAGGUACUCCGCCUUGGGCCCGCGCGGCUUGAGGCCACUCCAUGUCUCCACCCAGUGCUGGAACAAGCCAAAGAACGAAAACUCCCACUCCCACUCCCAGGUUGAACACAGCCACCUGGACGACCACUCGGACACCCAUAUUGGCCACUCGCACUCACAUGGCCCCAACGAGCUUCUCACAAACAGCAGUCGGGCGGAAAUCUGGACCAACCCCGCGGUACGGAUUACCUGGAUCGGCCUCGCAACCAACGUGACGAUGGCUGCGGCCAAGUUUGCCGGCGGAAUUGCGUUCCAUUCACAGGCAUUGAUUGCGGACGGAAUCCAUGCGCUUUCGGACUUGGUGUCCGACGUGUUAACCCUAGCAACGGUCACGUUCGCCAAAAGACCGCUGAACACGCGGUUCCCCGACGGGCUAGGGAAGGUGGAGGUUCUUGGCUCGUUAGGGGUUUCUUUGUUGUUGCUUUUUGCCGGGCUUUCCAUUGGCUGGUCGUCCUUAGUGGGACUUGUAGAGCCUCUCUUACCCCACUACUGGGUCGAAUGGGUACAGUCUGUGAAUUUUGGCCACUCGCACGGCCAUGUGGAGACGGUCACCGAAGACGUGGACAUCAACGCCGCAUGGAUUGCCCUAGCCUUCAUUGGAGUCAAGGAGUGGUUGUUCCGCAGGACGUUGAAGAUUGGCCAGGAGAUGAACUCGAAGGUGUUGGUCGCUAACGCCUGGCACCACCGGGUGGAUUCCCUCACGUCGGUGGUGGCGUUUGUGACCAUCUCUGGGGCUUACUUUUUCCAUCUAGGCUCGCUCGAUCUUGUCGGUGGACUUAUUGUGUCUGCGUUAGUUGUGAAAGCCGGAACUGCUUCCUUACGGACGUCUUUGAGUGAAUUGGUCGGUGAAGCUCUUGCGGAGAGCGAUCAAAGAUACAUCCAAAUGCGGACUCUGGUGGAGACCGAACUCGGAAAGAGCGACUUUGCGAGCCUCGGAAACUUGGUGCUCAUGCCCUCGGGUGCCAACUUGUCCGCCAGGGUAUCUUUGCGGAUGCAGACACCGACGGACAAUCGUUUGGUUUCGGCAGAAGACUUGAUUAGGGUGAGCGAAGGCGUCAAGAGGAUUGUCGAGCAACAGGAGAAGGGGAAGGUGAAGACUGUGAGUGUUGAUUUUUCCAAGUAGAUGAUAAUUGUUAGGUGAAUAAUAGAGCGUCUGUGAUAGAUUAGACAAUGGAUGGAAUGAUAUGACGAAUUAGCUAACGAUUACCGACUGAUGGCUAAUCUAAAUUAAGAGUACCUAGAGCUUUCCCGUUAGAGUGCACCAAACUGUCAAACAUCUGGAGCAAGUAUACUUCCUCGUACAUGGGAGGAGCUGGUACAGACCA